UUGUAUUUGCCUUGGUGGCAGAAAACCAGCUGAUUAUGAAUUUUAUUCGCCUUAUGUGUUUAAAACCAAUUCAUAAUUACAUUAAAGCAAAAGCGACAAAAAUUUCGAUGGGAGAAUGCCAAUUUCAAUAAUAAAUAUUAACGAAUCCAAACACUUGUGCACAUAAUUUAUAUAAUUUAUACAUGAUUAUGGCAAAUAACAUUGAAAAAGCGAGAGUGCUUAUAGUAGGAGAUUCAGGAGUUGGCAAAACUUGUUUAACACACUUGAUAGCACACAGUGAAUCAUUAACACGUCCAGGAUGGACUGUCGGAUGCAGUAUAGAAGUCAAGCUACAUGAAUAUAAGGAAGGGACCCCACAGCAAAAACCGUAUUUUAUUGAAUUGUUUGAUAUUGGUGGGUCAUUAAGUCAUAGAAAUACACGAGGUGUAUUUUAUACACCUUUACAUGGAAUUAUUCUAGUUCAUGACUUAACAAAUCGCAAAAGUCAAGAGAAUUUGCGACAUUGGCUCUUCGAAAUACUUAAUAAAGAUGGAAAAGACAUUAAAAGUUUAAGCUGUGAUAAUACAUUUGAUCCAGAACAAUUUGUAGGAUCGACACAACUUCCCAUGUUGGUAAUUGGUGCUAAGCUGGAUCUUUUAGAGGAAAAACGAAAAUCUAAUCAAAUUCAAAAAAUUGGUUCCAUAGAGCAUUGCGCUGCGGAGGAGAUAUGGUUAAAUUGUAGAGAUUCUCGUAGUUUUGCUGCGGGAACAACUGAUGCCGUAAAACUAUCUCGUUUUUUCGACCGUGUAAUUGAGAAGAAAAAUCAUUCACGCGACUCGACCAGUGCAACGACAGAUAGAAGAAAACACGCAAGCUUGGAAAUUGGAAAUAGAAUAAGUUCGCAAUUAACUUGAUUUAAACAAGGACAAAAUUGAUAUAAGGAACUAGUUUAAGAAUGUAUUAUAGUGGAAUUUAUCUAACUCGAAUCACCAUAAUCUACAAAAAAACUUCGAGUUAUAGAAUUUUCAUUAAAACAUACAAUUUUUCAAAAAGCUGUAAAAUAUAGAUUUUUAUCCAGUUUUUAUGUACAGUGUACACAGAUUAAAA